UUUUUUUGGUCGCACAUAUAUCCUGGGCAGAAUGACAGCCAGCAGCAGUAGCAGCAGCAAUUCGGACGCCAAAGGCAACACCGCUCCAGCCACGGAGUGUCCUGUCGACCAUACAACCAUGAAAAAGGCGCCUGCCGAAGAGCCCCUGGUCUGCCCUGUCGACCACUCGGGGUCAGCCAAGGCCUUCUCAUCGGCUCAUCCAGCGAUUGAUCCGUACAACCAGAUGCCGGCUGAGCCAGAGCAGGCGCGCGCGCAUGGGCAAAAGGAGACACUCUCCACUGAGCGCAUGCGGUCGUCAAUUCCGCGUGCCGAGCGGUACGAGUCGGCUGGGCCGUCCGAGUGCCCAGCUCUGCACGAUGCGGAGCCUGCCGCCGAUGCAGCAAAGGAAAAGAAAGACGACAUGUGGGAUCUACCCCGCAAAAACUGGGAUCCGACAGAGCACGAUAUGAAGUCGGUCGUGCCUAUCCACAAUGCGGUCAAUGAAAUGUGCUGGCACCACAUCUUGCAGUGGGAGAAGAUGCACCAGACACAGUGCGGAUCACCAAGGCUCCUUGCGGAGCUGACUCCGCGCGCACGCUUUUACUCGCUGCUGGGGUACACCAAGCCCUUUGACAGGCACGACUGGACCGUGGAUCGGUGUGGCAAGUCGGUGCGAAAGGACCCGAAGAAUCCACAUGCUCCGUCGUUCUACCUAGAUGUGCGGCCAGCACUGACACUGGAGGGUGCGUGGGACCGCACCCGCAAGUAUUUCGGGUUCUAAUACAUUUCACUUGCAGUGAUAAGCGCACAU